UGCACUGUAAACCAGCUAAUGAGUCUGGAGAGGUUCAGAAGGAGUUUAAAGAGACUGAGAGAGCACCACAAGAACUGCGAGAGGCGUUUGUCUCAAGGACUUUGCCAGCAAGUUCAAGACACAAUGACUGUGGGGCCAACACAAUUGGACAGUCGUUAUGAGCAGUCGGAGAGUGGGUGCCAUGAAUCCGAAUUUUCCAGCCAUGCGGGAUCAGAUGAUGACUCCUCUGACCUCCUCUCUACUGAAAAGAGACCCGACCCCUGCAGAGAGGAUGGGACCUCAGAUAUCGAUGCUGAAAAUCCCAUGUCAACUUCUCAGACUGUCCCACAUAAAGGACGAGAAAGAGCGGUGAGGGAGGUGGAUGACGAUCAGAGUCCAGGAACAAGCCUUAGCCAGAGGUUUUCACUGAGGAUCAAAAGAGGACAAGAGAAGGAGGCAGAGAAACAAUGGGAUGCGGGUCUUGACCAAAGCACUGAAGGUGGGAGUUGGUCUGCAGAUGAUGAGAGCUCAGGGACAAACCUGAUUACAAAGACACAGAAGAAGAAGAAAAGAGGAAAACAGAUGGUGAAAGGAAAAGAGCCACCCAAAGUUGCAGUGAGGAGACGAUGGAGUGAUGCAGAAAAGACAGCAGUCGAAAAGCACCUGGGAAACUGUUUGGCAGAGCGAAGAGUUCCUCGCAAAGAGGCCUGUCUGCGGGCUGUUCAGGCUGAGAAAGCCCUGUGUCAGAGGUCAUGGAGACUUGUCAAAGCCUAUGUUUCCAACAAAAUUGUGACUUUAAAUCGCAGAUCUUCUGCAAGGACUAGAGAUGCACCAUUCAGUUAGCCAGUUGGCUCAGAUAAAAGUCAUCCCUACUGAUCUGUUCAUGUCUGUUUUAUCUGUUCUUUUAUGUGUUCUUUGUGAAUAUAUAUUAGUGCAUCUGUAGUGAGCAGGGAAGCUUCAUUAUUUAAGUUUUGUUAGUUAAGUUGUUAUGUUUUUCUCAGCUCUGCAGUUAGAAAAGUAGGAAAGAACAUGCUUCAAACUACAUUUUUAAA